AGGGCGGGGUUUCCCGCGCUCGGCGGAAGCGGAAGGGGCGGGGCUCCGCGCACCGAGUCUCCACUGCUGCCGCCGUCGCCGCCACCCGAGCCGGAGCGGGCUGGGCCGCCAAGGCAAGAUGGUGGACUACAGCGUGUGGGACCACAUUGAGGUGUCUGAUGAUGAAGACGAGACGCACCCCAACAUCGACACGGCCAGUCUCUUCCGCUGGCGGCAUCAGGCCCGGGUGGAACGCAUGGAGCAGUUCCAGAAGGAGAAGGAGGAACUGGACAGGGGCUGCCGCGAGUGCAAGCGCAAGGUGGCCGAGUGCCAGAGGAAGCUGAAGGAGCUGGAGGUGGCCGAGGGCGGCAAGGCAGAGCUGGAGCGGCUGCAGGCCGAGGCACAGCAGCUGCGCAAGGAGGAGCGGAGCUGGGAGCAGAAGCUGGAGGAGAUGCGCAAGAAGGAGAAGAGCAUGCCCUGGAACGUGGACACGCUCAGCAAAGACGGCUUCAGCAAGAGCAUGGUAAAUACCAAGCCCGAGAAGACAGAGGAGGACUCAGAGGAGGUGAGGGAGCAGAAACACAAGACCUUCGUGGAAAAAUACGAGAAACAGAUCAAGCACUUUGGCAUGCUUCGCCGCUGGGAUGACAGCCAAAAGUACCUGUCAGACAACGUCCACCUGGUGUGCGAGGAGACGGCCAAUUACCUGGUCAUUUGGUGCAUUGACCUAGAGGUGGAGGAGAAAUGUGCACUCAUGGAGCAGGUGGCCCACCAGACAAUCGUCAUGCAAUUUAUCCUGGAGCUGGCGAAGAGCCUAAAGGUGGACCCCCGGGCCUGCUUCCGGCAGUUCUUCACUAAGAUUAAGACAGCCGAUCGCCAGUACAUGGAGGGCUUCAACGAUGAGCUGGAAGCCUUCAAGGAGCGUGUGCGGGGCCGUGCCAAGCUGCGCAUCGAGAAGGCCAUGAAGGAGUACGAGGAGGAGGAGCGCAAGAAGCGGCUCGGCCCCGGCGGCCUGGACCCCGUCGAGGUCUACGAGUCCCUCCCCGAGGAACUCCAGAAGUGCUUCGAUGUGAAGGAUGUGCAGAUGCUGCAGGACGCCAUCAGCAAGAUGGACCCCACCGACGCAAAGUACCACAUGCAGCGCUGCAUUGACUCUGGCCUCUGGGUCCCCAACUCUAAGGCCAGCGAGGCCAAGGAGGGAGAGGAGGCAGGUCCUGGGGACCCACUACUGGAAGCUGUUCCCAAGACGGGCGAUGAGAAGGAUGUCAGUGUGUGACCUGCCCCAGCUACCAACCGCCACCUGCUUCCAGGCCCCUAUGUGCCCCUUUUCAGAAAACAGAUAGAUGCCAUCUCGCCCGCUCCUGACUUCCUCUACUUGCGCUGCUCGGCCCAGCCUGGGGGGCCCGCCCAGCCCUCUCUGGCCUCUCCACUGUCCCCACUCUCCAGCGCCCAUUCAAGUCUCUGCUUUGAGUCAAGGGGCUUCACUGCCUGCAGCCCCCCAUCAGCAUUAUGCCAAAGGCCCGGGGGUCCGGGGAAGGGCAGAGGUCACCAGGCUGGUCUACCAGGUAGUAGGGGAGGGUCCCCAGCCAAGGGGCCGGCUCUCGUCACUGGGCUCUGUUUUCACUGUUCGUCUGCUGUCUGUGUCUUCUAUUUGGCAAACAGCAAUGAUCUUCCAAUAAAAGAUUUCAGAUGCUC